AUGGAAAAGAAGACUAUUAGCGACCACGCGUCGAUAAAAAUCACGUGUUUUUGUAUGAACGGAAUCGGCAUGUGGAGUAUCGAGAAACGACGAGAUAGAAUAAUUUCAAAUAUUGUAGUAUGUUACACUGUGGCUACCUUAAUUUUUGGAUUCAUUGUCGAAGCCAUAGAUAUUUAUUACUGUAUAGGUGAUUUACGCGAAAUGUCUUAUGUUGCACCUUGCUUAUUAAAUGAAAUUGUUGAAUUAUUGAUGAUGGGAAAAUUUAUAAUUAAUCGAAGUGAAGUUAUGGAUUUCAAUAAUUAUACAUUUCGUAAAUUUUGGAGUGUUCCGUACGUUGAUUCGGAACGAAAAAUAUUGGAUGAAUGUAAUAAAAAAAGUUUUAAAAUAAUUAUUGCUUACAUCAUCGUGAUACAACUGGUUGUUUGGCAAUAUAUAACGAUUCCUAUAAUAGAAUCCUAUGGGAAAAAUUCAUCCGAAAGAACUUUACCUUAUAAUCUAUGGUUUUCAUUUAUUCCAUUCAGAGAAACACCAUAUUAUGAAAUAAUUUUUUUUUUACAAUCAGCUGCAACAUUAACUACUGGCGUUUGUGCAACGGCAUUUGCAACAUUUUUAUUUACAAUAAAUAUUUAUGCUACUGGACAAUUUAAAAUUUUACAACUACGAUUGGAAACGUCUUGUCAAGGGUACAAAAUUGAAAAAAUAAACUCAGUUGAGCAAAUAAAUUUAAUAGCUGCAGAAUCUUAUAGUAAUCUUCGAAAGUGUGUUGAAUUACACAAAGUACUGCUUCAAUAUAUAAUAAGACUAGAAAAUCUUUAUUGUCAAAUAAUGAUGGUUCAAACCCUGACCAGUGUUUUUCUCAUUUGUUUAACUGGCUUUCAAAUAGUCCUGGGAGUUGAUACUUCUAUUCUCCGGACAUCGCGGAGUGCUGUUUAUUUUGCCUGUUUAAUAACUCAAUUACUUUUGUAUUCUUGGUCAUGUCAUGAAAUAAUUAUCGAAAGUUUAGAAGUCGCUGAAGCGGCUUAUCGGGCUUAUUGGUACAGUUUGUCUUGGUCUAAAUAUGGAAAAUUAUGCAGACAAGCUUUGUCAAUUAUUAUGGCGAGAUCACGCAGACCAUGUAUUUUAACUGUCGGGAAAUUUGUUCCCAUGUCUCUUGAAACAUUUACUUCAGUUUUCAAUUCGUCUUUAUCAUAUUUUACAAUCUUACGACAAAUGAAUGAAGAAAUAGAAAAUAAUUAA